ACACGACGACCGUACACACUCUAACCGCAAACAUGACGAACUCCGUCUCCAAGACCACGUCUCCCCCCAACAAGCACACGCACGCCGCUGCCAACCACGGCAACCAUGCGCACGCCGAUGCUAACGAGCAGCCCGCGGCGCCCGUGGACAGCCGCAACAUUCCCUGGCGCUGCUGCCAGUGCGGCUACCGCAACCCCGAUACGUGGUACACGCGCUGCAGGGCAUGUGGACACGAGGGCGGCGGCUGCUUCGUGUGCUGGGCGGAAGGUUAGGCUCGGGUAAGAGGCCCUGGCUAGCUGCACCGACUGACUUGCACGACAAGCAGUAGAAACUGGUGAGUAGAAGGUGUCCUUUGGGUUUCUGGUGUUUUUUCUUUCCUUUGUUGGGUUCUACUUCAAUCCUUUGUAAGAUGAGCGGAAGGAGAAGAUAAAAGACAAAACACAAAAAAACGUUAAACCUAGGUAACAAAAAUGUGGAGGCAAAAAAUGGGGAAAAUAAUAAAAAACAAAUUUGUUAAAUAUUUAGUGAUCAUAUUGUGAACGGGUGGAUGCAUGAGUGGGAGACUAAUUGGUCUCAUCUGCUGAGUGGACGACGACGACGCCGCACCAGUACCACUCCCUGCAAGUUUGGUCCUUGGAUCCGUCCCACUAUGGUGAUGUCCG